GGUGGUGAAGUCUGAGGUCUGCCCCUCUCUCCCACUGUUUGCAUUGCAGGACUCCAGUCCAGCUGGUACAGCAGGCUGAGGGCAGGGGAGGGAAUCUGUCGUCACCGCAGCUCUGUGAAGGAGAGAGGAUCCGACUGACACACUGACGCCGACUGACACACUGGCUGACUGACACACUGACACUGACUGACACACUGCUGAUUGACAUGCUGGCUGACGCACUGUCACUGACUCACUGACUGGUUGACUGACACGCUCGCUGAAUAACACAUUAACACACUGACUGACACACCGGCUGAUCAACACAGUAACACACCGACACUGACUGACACAACACAUCGCUGCCUUUGAGAUUCCAACCCUCAACACAGAUGACAAACAGAGAAGCCAAAGGAAAACAGCAGUAAGAAUUUUAAACAAGCUUCCUCCUGUAAGCAAAGAAAGGAACACAUGGAGAUGCGCUCAUGUGAUUUCUAAGCUUGGGGAUUGGUUUUUUUUUUUUUAAAUGCAUGUAUUUUAAAGCACUUUUCUGAACAGCCUUUCUGGCACUUGAGCAGGGCUGAUGAAGUGAUCGAGCUGCUCUGCGUGUGAGAGAGAGAGGGGGAGAGAGAGGGAGGGAGGGAGAGAGAGAGAGACAGAGCGUCGUGCCUCUGCGCCCAGUCCCGAUCCUGCCUGGCCUGACGAGAGGGAGGGAGGGAGUGCGAGCAGGGCUGUGCUGCGCUCAGCUCCGAGGGGAGCUGUCCUUCUCCGGCGGUGCUGAAAGUGGACACCAGCUGCUGCUCUUCCUCUCGGCUCGGCGCACGGAGUGAGCAGUGAACAGAGCCGUGAAUAGAGAGAGAGAGAGAGAGAGAGAGAGAGAGCGGGGCUCCUCGGACACUCGCUGGGAACCACAGCUCUCCCCCUGCUCUGCUCCGGGAUCGGGAUCGGAUCAGCUGCGCCUGCAGGAGCUCCGGGCUGCGCGCCCUCUGUCAUUCUGAGGAACUUUCUCUCAAGUUGGGAUCUGUCGGAGCUGCGGUCUUCCACCUGCCACCCCCGGAGAGGAGCGAGGAGCGUCUGCGUCUGGGAGGUUAGGGGGGGGGGGGAUAGUUGAUCCGAGAAGACGGGGAGCCGGUGGAUUCGGCGGAUCCCAGCCCCUGGGACCCGCCUGCCCCCAUCCCGCCCGCCGCCUUCUCCGGGGGUCGGGAUGACGGGCUGUGCCAAGCGCUGCAAGCUGGGGCUGGUGAAGUUCCUGCAGAGCGCACACAGGCUCAUCACCGGCACGCUGAGCAAAGACAAGGUGGAGGAUGAGCUGGAGAUGACGAUGGUCUGCCACAGGCCAGAAGGACUGGAGCAGCUGGAAUCCCAGACCAACUUCACCCGCCGAGAGCUGCAAGUCCUCUACCGCGGCUUCAAAAAUGUACCUCCUCUCUCUCUGUGUCUCCUGUCUGUAUCUCCUUCCUCACUCACUGUUUCUGUCUCUGCAUCACUCCAGUCCCUGUGCUCCCCUCUCUGUGUCUCCUGUCUGUACCUCCUUCCUCACUCACUGCCUCUCACCUACGCACACUAUUUGUUCAACGCCUUCGACUCUGCGCACAACGGCUCGAUCAAGUUCGAGGACUUCGUCAUGGCUCUCUCUAUCCUGCUGCGAGGCUCAGUGCGGGAGAAGCUCCAGUGGACCUUUAACCUGUAUGACAUCAACAGGGAUGGAUACAUCAACAAGGAGGAGAUGACGGACAUUGUGCGGGCGAUCUAUGACAUGAUGGGGAAGUACACCUACCCUGCGCUGAGGGUGGAGGCCCCGAAGCAACAUGUGGACGCCUUCUUUCAGAAAAUGGACAAAAACAAGGACGGAGUGGUCACUCUGGAUGAGUUUAUCGCAUCAUGUCAGGAGGACGAGAACAUCAUGCACUCUCUGCAGCUCUUCGAGAACGUGAUGUAGAAGGGGAGCAACAGCAAGAACAGCAGGGAGAGAGAGCGAGAGAGAGGAGGGCAGUUAGAGGAGAGCCAACGCCGACAAGAAGACGUGUGACCAAACACUCUCCU